UCUGUAGCCCGUGGAGUGGGAGCGUCCUCAAGGCCUGGGUGCUCGGCGUGCUUCCUUGCCAAUCCUGAGGAGCCCGCGAGGACUGCUGAGGCCGCAGGAGUGGUUGGAAGGACAAUGCAAAUGAGCCUUUGACAUCAUGAUGGAUAUCCGGCAAAGAAAAGAGACAAAACCCAUAGAAGUUUCUGAGGAUUUUCCAUCACCAAAAGAAGAUGUGAAAUUGGAAAAGAAAUUGCCAUCUGAUCAUGCCUCUGGAAGGUUCUGGAAGAUCCUGUCGUCUGCGGUUGGUGGAACGGUGGCGCUUUGCAUUGGACUUCUUACAUCCGUUUACCUGGCUACCCUGCAUGAGAACGAUUUGUGGUUUUCCAAUAUUAAGGAAGUAGAGCGAGAAAUCUCAUUCAGGACGGAAUGUGGACUGUACUAUUCUUACUACAAACAGAUGCUGCAGGCUCCGACCCUCCUGCAAGGUUUCCACGGCUUAAUCUAUGACAACAAAACCGAGUCCAUGAGGACCAUCAACCUCCUUCAACGGAUGAACAUUUACCAAGAAGUUUUUCUCAGUGUUUUAUAUAGAGUUCUCCCCAUACAGAAAUAUCUAGAACCUGUUUAUUUUUAUAUCUACACCCUUUUCGGGCUCCAGGCAGUCUAUGUCACGGCCCUUUAUAUAACCAGCUGGCUCCUUAGUGGCACCUGGCUGUCAGGACUGUUGGCAGCUCUCUGGUACGUCACCAACAGAAUAGAUACCACAAGAGUUGAGUUUACCAUCCCGCUGAGGGAGAACUGGGCUCUGCCUUUUUUUGCAAUUCAGAUUGCAGCAAUUACGUACUUCCUGAGACCAAACUUACAGCCUCUUUCUGAAAGGCUGACACUCCUUGCCAUCUCCGUAUCGACGUUCCUCUUUAGCCUGACAUGGCAAUUUAAUCAGUUCAUGAUGCUGCUGCAGGCUCUGGUGCUGUUCAUCCUGGACUCCUUGGACAUGCUGCCGGCCGUGAAGGCGACCUGGCUGUACGGCAUACAGAUAAGCUGCCUGCUGCUCGUCUGCACGCUUCAGUUUUUUAACUCCAUGAUUCUGGGAUCCUUGCUCAUCAGUUUUAACCUUUCAGUGUUAAUUGUAAGAAAACUUCAGAAAAACCUGAAGACUGGAUCCUUCCUGACUAGAAUUUGGAAACUAUUGUUGCAUUUGCUUCUAGUUUUCUGCUUGACACUUUUUCUCAACAACGUUAUUAAGAAAAUUCUUAACCUGAAGUCAGACGAACACAUCUUCAAAUUUCUGAAGGCCAAAUUUGGGUUUGGAGCAACAAGGGAUUUCGAUGCAAAUCUCUAUCUGUGUGAAGAAGCCUUCGGCCUCCUGCCUCUCAACACAUUCCAAAGGCUCUCGGAGACACUGCUUUUUUACGCAUACAUGUUUGUCCUGUUGGUCACAGUGGUCACAGCGUCCGUUGUGGCCUUUCGUAAUCUCAGUGAUUCCACAAGCCUGCAGUCCGUGGAUCAGACAAGAAAGCGCGCCGUUGACCUGAGGCCAGAAGCCGCGUACAACCUGAUCCACACCAUUCUGUUCGGGGUCCUGGCGUUGAGUACCAUGAGGAUGAAGUACCUGUGGACCUCCCACAUGUGCGUGUUCGCGUCCUUCGGCCUCUGCAGCUCUGAGAUCUGGGAACUUCUCCUGAGGCUGGUUCAUCUCUGUAACCCAAAGAGGAUCUGGGUCAUGCGGUACUCGGUGCCUGUUCUCACCCUUCUGUACCUGUGCUGUAAGUCCUGGCCAGGAAUGAUGGAUGAACUCUCCGAGUUGAAAGAAUUCUAUGACCCAGAUACAGUGGAACUGAUGAACUGGAUUAACUCUAACACACCAAGGAAGGCCGUGUUCGCUGGAAGCAUGCAGUUGCUGGCCGGAGUCAAGCUGUGCACAGGACGGACCCUCACCAACCACCCACACUAUGAAGAUAAGAGUCUGAGAGAGCGGACCCAGGCGGUUUAUCAGAUAUAUGCGAAGAGGUCCCCGGAGGAAGUGCACGAGCUCCUGAGGUCCUUUGGCACUGACUUCGUGAUCCUGGAAGACAGCAUCUGCUACGAACGCAGACACCACAGGGGCUGCCGGCUGCGUGACUUGCUGGACGUCGCCAACGGACAUGAGAUGGAUGGGCCAGGAGAAAGUGACCCUGACUUGAGACCUGCAGAUCACCCUCGCUUCUGUGAAGAGAUUAAAAGAAACCUGCCCUCCUACACAGCCCACUUCACGAGAGUAUUCCAGAACAAGACAUUCCAUGUCUACAAGCUUUCCAGAAACAAAUAACCAUCUCCAUUCUUAAAGCCACAGUGCAUCUACAACCGGUGGAGUCCGUGUCCGUGAGUCAGGAAAGGGACUUGAAUGCUACCAUUGCAGGCGGCCUGCAGACAAGUCCUGCCAUCAUCAUUGGAAACGCCUUCCGCUAACGUCAGCCUUUUCUGUCCUGUCUCUGUCUUUUCUGUGAGUGUUCUUAGCCUCACAGGUAUACCUGCCCAAGGCUGGCCAGGGAUUUUGUCAUUGAGGGAAUUUUGUGUGACCCACUGGGUGACCUGGGAAGUGAGAGCCCGUUUGAGAUCUGAAAUAUUUGUGAUUUUCGGUGCCCCUGAGCCAGCAGUGAGCGAGUAUAGUUGACAGUCUGCACAGUUCAGUUACUGACAUUUCUUCACCACUGAGACCGCUUGGUGGCUUUCUAACAGUUUGUUGUCCUGUCUUGUUAAAGUUUUAUAAAAUUUCCAGUUUACCAUGCUUUCACACGUGUGAAGAAACAAAUUAUUUUAGGUCUCUGAACCUUAAAUAUUUCAUUUGUGCUCCAAAAUGUCACAUGCACAGUAGUGUGUAACACAUUUAGAGAGUGUGUUUGUUUUAAUUCUGGGCACAGCAGUUGGGGUGCUACCGGGCCAGGCAUGGUGACGCACUCCUUUAAUCCCAGCACUCGCAGGCAGGGGCAGGCAAAUCUCUUUGAGAGUUCGAGGCCAGCCCGGUCUAUAUAGUGAAUUCUGGGCCAGCCACAGCGAUGUAAAGAGACCCUGUCUCAAGAAAGCAAAGUGUGUCAGCUUACACUAGAAGUCUUUGAGGGAAUGCACUCAUGCUUUUUAAUCUCUCCUGUAGGGAAAAUAGCUUCUGCUUCAGUUCUCACUCACUUCAAUUUACCGGGUCUGCAAAACUUGGUAAACUUCUGUGGUUUUAGCCUUUGUAUUUUUUUUUCUUCAUAGCCUAGAAACUUGCAAAGUCUGAGGCUGUUUUAGAUGCUGUACCUUGACUCCUAGAGUUCUAUGUGGCACUCCAUACUCUUUGACCUCUGGUCUCCAGUCUUCCUUCUCAACCCUGGAGACAUCGCAUCCCUCCCUACGAGGUGACCAAGUGCCUCCAGGCCGCACUGUAAGCGGCGGAGAGGGGUUGGCGUACCUGCUCAGAGUUUUUGAGAAUUGCUUUUAUAAUUCAUUUCUAAUGGUGGGGGCCAUGUACAAGCUGCUGAUACAGGCACAUUGUCCACUUAAUUAAAUCAAGAUAGCUAAUGAAAUUAACUUUCCCUCCCGCUCCUGCCAUUUGGAAGUGAUUUAAAUGUUUCUCCUCAACCGUUAGUGUAAUAAAUCCCCCUGGAACAUCGGCCGGAGAGCACCAUGUGCUCCAACGAUCCGCCUCCGAUGACCCACGGGUUGGUUGCUGCUUGAGUGGCAUUCAAAACUGUGUUCCAUUGUCUCACCAGGUGUGGGGUUUUUAUGUAAAACUCAAAUAAGACAUCAACAGCUAGGUUAUUAAAUUAAGGCAUUGGGACUUUGGAAUCCAGCCUUUUCCGUACCCCUUAAUGAGGUUAGGAGACCACCGCAGUUAGGGGGAACACAACAAGGAAACACAUUCGUCAGUGCUAGAACUUUAAUGAAGCUGCAGUGCUGCAUGCCCACCACUGCCGGCACUGAUGGAACAUUCUGGGCCAGUGCCUUAUUCUUAAGGGAAAGCAGGCGUAGAUAAGGCACAAGGCGUUGGGACCCGGUGACAGUUACUUUGUGGGUGAGUUUGCAUUUAUGUUAAGCAUUCCUAUGUGCACUUGGUGUUUGGCGUCUUGUGAGCCAAGAGUCGUGGAUGUACAUCCUCACCGAGGUAACAUUCGUGCUCGCGGGCACUCUGUCUCCACUGCACCAUCACCGCCAAACCACAGUGAGAAGUGCCAAAAACCAGUCUUCCACAGCGCUCUCCCGUGACACUGUGAUAUGUACAGGACAAUGUUAGAACACAUUUUUCUUUCUUUAAAAAAAAAUAAAUUCUAUAUUUUAAAAAAAUGUAAAUAUUUGGUUAAAAUAAUUAGACUUUUAUCCAUCUUAUAAAAUACUGCCUCAGUAUCCCCCGUAGGUCUGCUCACUGUCAGCAGCAACCCGGCCACAAAAUCUUGAAACUACACAUCUGGACCUUGCCUGAUUUUAGCUAAAUCCUCAGUCUGCCUCCCUGUAGAAGGUAGCUUAGCCCAGGCUUUCUUAGCUGCAUCAUUAACUUAUUCAUAGACAGCUGGGUCAAAAUUUAACUGUGGAGCAGUCUCGCAAUACUGUUCCCUCCCCUGCUGGUAUCUGAAACAUAAUCAGUGUCUGUUGUGCCUGACCGGCAGUAUUCAGCUAAUUAUGAUUUCCGUAAUAAAAAAUCUCCUCCUGACAAGCACCCCCUGCCCCCAGUGGUUUUCAAUCCUCAGGAGGGAGGGCCUCUGUGAACAGUGACUCAUAGCCUGAGUAAAUGGGGCUGCCGGCCAUACUAUUGUGCACAACCAGAUUUUAAUUCCUUUAACUGUGUAAACGGAAGAGGCUGAUAAACUCUGACUCUGUUACCUUGAAGACUGACCUGUUCUAUAGCCGGAAAUGCAAAAUGAAAUCCCUGGACAUCUCUCCUCUUUUGGCCGCCUCUCUCCGGGUCAGAUGGCUUUCUCACCACUCCUACAACUGGCAGCUCCGCCUCUGUAGGGCGGUCCAGUCCAGCUAUGACACUUGGGGUUUUACUGGCUCUCAGUUUAGGAAUCUACUCUGGUGGUUCCAAGAUCUCCCCCUGAGCCUGUUGAGCCUGUGAUUUCUGCACUUGCGCAGACACAGCAAAGUAAAAGCAUUUUGCAGCUGUUGGAUUUUCUCUGUAACUAACUUGUCCUUGAAAGCCGGUGGAACAGUCCUCUGAGGUGGGAGUGAGGAUGAUUAUAGGAAAGACGGGAAGAAGACUCACAGACAAAAGUUAGAAUUGGGAGGGCUGCAGGUCAAUACCACAAUCAGCCUCAAGUUUACUUUUCUUGCCCUUUUUAUACUUCACAGUGGCAUGGGAAACAAAGUUAUAAGCUAGCAGAAACAGUGGCUGAAGUACACACGGGAUAUCUGUUCCUAUCAGGAGGCCUCCCUGUUCCUUCCUAUAAGUUUAACAGAACAUUCAACCCCUGGCCUUGAGCCUCAAGUGUAUCCUCUCUUAUUCCAUGUAUCAGCAGGCCAGGAAGUCUGCCACAGACCCUGAGCUGCCCUGACUGCCUGCCAGGCAGGCUCUCACAGAAACAGACAACAUGGCUCCUGACGCUCUCGCUAACCAAACCUUUCAGCAAAUCGUGUUUGGUAAUUUUAGCUCUGGUGAGGAGUCCAGCUUAUGACCUUGUCUUUGAGCACACAGGAGGAGAACAGAUCCACCCUUGGCCAUAACCUCCACACCGUGCAAGCAGAAGCCAGUGCCUGUAGCCCUCACUUUGUGUUGUGCGGGCCCUGGGGACUGUUGGUAAUAGUGUUCAGUUGUGGCUCUGAAUAGAGCAAGCACUAGGCUUUGCUUCUGAGUUUCCAGAAGAACCUCUAAGUACAACAGAAGUGCUCUUAACUCCACUUCUGACUCCUCAGAGCCUCCAGUCUCCAGCCCUCUCGGGAGCUGCCUGCUGCAAUCCAGCAGGCAGCCGCUGCCUUGUGUUUCCUGGUACCAUGCUCCAGUCAGUGGCAGCCCACCCCGGAUGUCUGGGUGCACCUUCUGCUGCUGAUUGUGAGUUUAGAGCCCCAACCACAAGAGGACCAUGGGUGUGAAUUGAGAGAAGAGUGUGUGCCUGGCAUCGAACAAACCCUGGGCUUGAUCCCAGCACUGCAGCAGACAGACAGAAAAAGAGAUAAUUUUGCAAAAAUCUUAAAUGCUUUGACAAGGCGGGUUGCUCAUCAAAAUUGCUUUUAAGUUUAACUUGCUUGUGUCUGCAAAGACGGUUCAGUUGUUAUGUGUGCCUGUCUCUUGUAUAGCUUGGUUCUCGGCACCCAUGUGUGUCAGUUCACAACUGCCUAUAACUCUGGCUCCAAGGGACCCAGCCUUCUUCAUAUACAGACAAAUAAGUAAAAGUAAAAGGAAGACCUUUAUUUUUAAAUAAAAAUGUGACCAGAAAAAUUAUUAGCUAUCAGAGGGAUUAAAAGGAAGGAGAUGUGUGAGCUUAAAUUCCUUCAUAGAAGUAUCUACGAGCUCACCACGGCCCCUCUAACAUCUAAGCCGGAACCUGGGUGGGUGGCUCAUAGGUACAGAGCUGGGCCUGUUAUCAGGUAGGGGCAUUGCCUGUGUGUGGCAUCUGUAGGGGAAAACCUUACAAAGAGCUUUUAUAACUGAAUUGUGUGGAGAUUGUAUACUAAAUAAAGCUCUUUUCAAUAA